GACACACCUGGCGCGGCGCCGCCCCUCGGCCCGCCCGGGAGCCGCCCGCUGCGGAGCGAGCCGGCUGCUUCCCCGAGGCGCGGAGCGGCGGCCCCAUGGCGCUGGCCGAGCUCUACACGCAGUACAACAGGGUUUGGAUCCCUGAUAAUGAAGAAGUUUGGCAGUCUGCUGAAAUCACAAAGAACUACAAAACAGGAGACCAUGUGCUUCACCUACUAUUAGAAGAUGGAACUGAAUUGAAAUACCCUGUUGAUCCAGCACCUUUGCCACCUCUACGAAAUCCUGACAUACUUGUUGGUGAAAAUGAUCUCACAGCACUUAGCUAUCUCCAUGAACCUGCUGUUCUACACAAUCUUAGAGUUCGUUUUGUGGAGUCAAAACUUAUCUACACUUAUAGUGGAAUCAUUUUGGUUGCAAUGAACCCCUAUAAACAGUUGCCAAUAUAUGGGGAUGCCAUUAUCCAUGCAUAUAGUGGGCAGAACAUGGGGGAUAUGGAUCCACAUAUAUUUGCUGUAGCGGAAGAGGCUUACAAACAAAUGGCAAGAAACAACAUGAAUCAGUCUGUUAUCGUCAGUGGAGAAUCAGGAGCUGGAAAAACUGUGUCUGCUAGAUAUGCUAUGAGAUACUUUGCCACAGUCAGUAAGUCAAACAGCAAUGCGCACGUGGAGGAUAAAGUACUGGCAUCCAACCCAAUAACAGAGGCUGUAGGCAAUGCGAAAACAACACGCAACGAUAAUAGCAGUCGGUUCGGGAAGUACACUGAAAUCAGUUUUGAUCAGAUACACCAAAUCAUUGGAGCCAACAUGAGGACGUACCUGCUUGAGAAAUCCAGAGUUGUCUUUCAAUCAGAGAAUGAACGAAAUUACCACAUAUUCUACCAGCUGUGUGCUUCUGCUCUGCAACCAGAAUUUAAGCACCUUAAAUUGGGGCAUGCAGAAGAAUUUAAUUAUACAAGAAUGGGCGGCAACACUGUUAUUGAAGGAGUCGAUGACAGAGCAGAUAUGAUGGAGACCCAGAAGACGUUCACUCUACUAGGUCUGAAGGAGGAUUUGCAGAUGGAUGUUUUUAAAAUACUGGCAGCCAUCCUACACUUAGGCAAUGUGCAAAUGACGGCUGUCGGUGAUGAAAAAUCUUCAGUCAGUCUGGAGGAUAAACAUCUCAAUAUAUUCUGUGAACUUCUGGAUUUAGACAAUGACAAAGUGGCACAAUGGUUGUGCCACCGAAAAAUUAUCACUACCUCAGAGACUGUAAUAAAGCCUAUGACAAAACUCCAAGCUCUUAAUGCAAGGGAUGCUUUGGCAAAGAAGAUCUAUUCUCACCUGUUUGACUUCAUUGUGGAAAGAAUUAACAAAGCUUUGCAUUUUUCUGGAAAGCAGCACACUUUUAUUGGUGUUUUGGACAUUUAUGGAUUUGAAACUUUUGAUGUGAACAGUUUUGAACAGUUUUGCAUCAAUUAUGCUAAUGAAAAACUGCAACAACAAUUUAACCAGCAUGUCUUUAAACUUGAACAAGAGGAAUACAUGAAGGAAGACAUUCCAUGGACUCUAAUAGACUUUUAUGACAACCAACCAGUCAUUGACCUUAUUGAAGCUAAAAUGGGCAUUUUAGAGCUGCUAGAUGAAGAGUGCUUGUUACCUCAGGGGACUGAUGAAAAUUGGCUUCAAAAACUAUAUAAUAAUUAUAACAACAAGAACCCAUUCUUUCAAAAACCCAAAAUGUCAAACACGUCUUUUAUCAUCCAGCACUUUGCUGAUAAGGUAGAGUACAAAUCUGAAGGAUUUCUGGAAAAAAACAGAGAUACAGUGUAUGAAGUAUUGAUUGACAUCUUGAAAAACAGCAAGUUUCAUCUGUGUGCAAACUUUUUUCAAGACCAUCAAGUGCCCAUUUCACCCUUCCGGUCAACUAUAACAGUCAAAUCUGCAAAAACAGCGGUCAAGCCACCUAAGAAACAGUUCCGGACGACGGUUGGCAAUAAGUUCCGCAGUUCUUUGUAUUUACUUAUGGAAACACUUAAUGCAACCACUCCUCACUAUGUACGAUGCAUAAAGCCAAAUGAUGAGAAGUUACCAUUUGAGUUUGACUCAAAAAGGGUGGUGCAACAACUGCGAGCAUGUGGUGUUUUGGAAACUAUUCGAAUUAGCUCACAGAGCUAUCCAUCCAGGUGGACCUACAUGGAAUUUUUCAGCCGGUACAGCAUUCUCAUGACGCAGCAUGAACUAUCUUUAAGUGACAAGAAAAAGAUUUGCAAGACUGUUUUGCAGAGUCUAAUCCAGGAUCCUAACCAGUAUCAGUUUGGGAGAACAAAAAUUUUCUUUAGAGCAGGGCAGGUUGCUUAUUUAGAAAAACUGCGGUCAGAUAAACUGAGAAAAGCGUGCAUCGUGAUCCAAAAGAACAUUCGAAGCUGGCAUCAACGGAAGAAAUUUCUCCGUAUAAAACAAGCAGCUGUUAUAAUACAGCAGUACUUCCGUGGACAGCGGACUGUACGGCAAGCUAUCACUGCUACAGCUCUAAAGCAAGCAUGGGCUGCUAUAGUUAUUCAGAAGUACUGUCGGGGAUAUAUUGUCCGUAAACUUUGCCAGCUCAUCAGUGUGGCUGCUAUAACAAUCCAAGCUUAUGUGCGAGGAUUUCUAGCAAGGAAGAAAUUCCAAAAGAUGCUCAAGGAACACAAGGCUGUAAUCCUUCAGAAACAUGCCCGUGCUUGGCUUGCAAGACGCAGAUUUCAGAAUAUUCGGCGAUUUGUGUUGAAUAUCCAGCUUUCGUACAGAGUUCAGCGACUGCAGAAGAAACUAGAAGACCAGAACAAAGAAAAUCAUGGCUUACUGGAGAGGCUGACUCACCUGGCUUCGACUCAUGCGAAUGACCUAGAUUCAAUCCAGAAACUUGAAUUAGAGCUUGAAAAAUUAGCAACACAAAAGAGAACCUCUGAGGAAAAAGGAAAGAAAUAUAAGGAGGACGCUGAACAGAAACUCUCAAAACUUGAGAAACAGAAUGCAGAACUGCAAGAACAAAAAACAUUCUUAGAACAGAAGCUCCAAGAGGAAACCGAGGAAAUGAAAGACAAAAUGGAUGACCUCACAAAACAAUUGUUUACCAAUGUACAACAAGAAGAAAGACAAAGAAUAAUACGUGAGAAAAAGUUCCAAAAUGAGAAGCAAGACUAUGAAAAAGAGAUUGAGUCAUUAAAGGGAGAAAUUAAGACUCUCAAAGAAGAGAAAAUUAAGCUGCAAGAUCAAAUUCAGGAAGAACAUAUCAUUCAGGAUGGCUUAAAACUGGAAGUAGGACAACUUAAAAAACAGGCAAAGAUGAUACCUGAAUUGCAAAAGGAAAUUGAACUGCUUCAGACACAGAAAAUGGAUGUGGAAAAGCAGGUCCGAUCCCAGAAGCGAGAAAUGAGAGAAAAGGUGUCAGAAGUUGCGAAACAAUUUAUUGAGAGCUAUGAUGUUGAGGAUGUAAGAAGCAGGCUGUCCACAGAAGAUUUGGAACAUUUAAAUGAAGAUGGAGAACUUUGGUUUGCUUAUGAGGGCCUGAAAAAAGCCACAAGAGUGUUGGAAAGCCAAUUCCAGUCUCAGAAAGAAAACUAUGAAAAGGAGAUUGAAGCUUUGAACUUUAAAGUUGAACAUCUUAGUCAAGAAAUUAUCCAUUUACAAAAGCUGUUUAGGGAGGAAAAUGACAUAAAUGACAGCAUCCGACUUGAAGUUAGUAGACUAACAUCGGAAAACAUGAUGAUCCCAGACUUUAAACAGCAGAUUUCUGAACUUCAAAAGCAAAAGAUGGAUCUUGAACAACGCCUUCAAGAACAAGCUGCCAAGACGAAAGGAAAAAUGGAAGACAUGCCUAAUCAGGUGCAUCACAGUCUGUCAGAGGAAGGUCAAAGGAGGACACUGGAAGACCAGACUAAAAUACACACAAAAGAAGAAGAGAAGCAGAUUGCCACAAUCCAAGAAAUUCAGGAGGCAAACAAUCGCCUAAAGGAGCAACAUGAAAUUGAGAAUGAAGUAAAGAGCAAGAUAAAGCAGGAGGCAUUUCAUCUUACUCUGGAAAACAUGGAUCUUGAAGAAGAGUUAGACAUGAAAGACAGAGUAAUAAAAAAAUUGCAGGAUCAGAUCAAGACUCUUACCAAGACUAUUGAAAAAGCCAAUGAAACACAUGUGCCAGCUGUGCCUAAAGAGUAUAUUGGAAUGAUGGAGUACGUAAAGGAAGACGAAGCAAGAAUUAUUAAAAAUCUCAUCCUUGAUCUAAAGCCACGUGGAGUGGUAGUGAAUAUGAUUCCGGGCCUACCAGCUUACAUCCUGUUCAUGUGUGUGAGAUAUGCUGAUUAUGUGAAUGAUGGUGACAUGCUGAAAUCUUUCAUGAGUAUAACCACUAAUGGUAUCAAACAAGUUAUUAAGGAACACGCUGAAGAUUUUGAGAUGAUGUCCUUUUGGCUCUCCAAUACGUAUCAUUUUCUUAACUGUUUGAAACAAUACAGCGGGGAAGAGGAAUUCAUGAAGCAAAAUACUCCACGUCAGAAUAUGAACUGUUUGAAGCAUUUUGAUCUUUCAGAAUACAGACAAAUUCUUAGUGACUUGGCCAUUCGUAUCUAUCACCAACUCAUUCUUGUAAUGGAGAAUAACAUUCAGCCAAUGAUAGUGCCAGGUAUGCUUGAAUAUGAAAGUCUCCAAGGAAUUUCUGGCAUGAAACCUACAGGAUUCCGUAAACGUUCUUCUAGUAUAGAUGACACCGAUACCUACACAAUGACCUCCAUCCUGCAACAGCUCAGCUAUUUUUAUAGCACCAUGUGCCAGAAUGGCUUGGACACAGAGCUUCUAAAGCAGGCAGUGAAGCAGCUUUUCUUUCUGAUUGGAGCUGUCACCCUUAAUAGUCUUUUCCUCCGCAAGGACAUGUGCUCUUGUAGGAAAGGAAUGCAGAUAAGAUGUAAUAUCAGCUACUUAGAAGAAUGGCUUAAAGAAAAGAAUCUGCAGAGCAGUUCUGCCAAGGAAACUUUGGAACCUCUCUCUCAGGCAGCCUGGCUCCUUCAGGUCAAAAAGAUCACAGAUGAGGAUGCCAAGGAGAUAUAUGAACGCUGUACAUCCCUGUCUGCUGUGCAGAUAGUAAAGAUCCUCAAUUCAUACACUCCUAUAGAUGAUUUUGAGAAAAGAGUGUCCCCAUCAUUUGUUCGUAAAGUCCAGACUGUGCUCAAUAAUCGAGAGGAUAUUCCACAAUUGAUGCUAGAUACCAAAUAUCUCUUUCAAGUGACAUUUCCUUACACCCCAUCUCCACAUGCCUUGGAAAUUAUACAAAUUCCCAGCAGUUUCAAACUUGGCUUUCUCACAAGGGUGUAAUACAAAAAUUCAAAAGGAUUUUCCACCCUGUCCUCAAAGACUAAAUGAAGAGCAAACUUUUAUGACUCAUUUUCCCGCAACUGGGAUAUAGUGCAGUGGCUUACUGUGAAAUAUACUUUUAAAAACUACUUUGGAAUCAGGACAUCAGCAGUAGGAAUAAAGUAUAUGCCAGCCUACAAACCUCUUCUUUCUUUUCUAAGUAUUAUCCAUUUUCCACUGCAUUUUUACAAAGGGCGAUACUAUAUCCAGCAGCUAUACACCUUACAGUUUUGGAGUCCUUUGAAGAAAGUUUAUGUUAGAGACAAAUUUGUAUUGGUGCUUCAUGUUCUUUGACAGAUCGCCAGUGAGGGAACAACAUGCUCAGUCUCUCUCAUGGGGUAACUACUACUAUGUUAUAAUCUCUCAUGGUGCUGUUUUCUUUCACAUGAGAUGUUUUCCCUAGGAGUUCCUCUCACUGGCUUGAUAUGAUGUAUUUAUUUUGCAGCAGUCUUCACCCAGUUAGAUUUCCUGUGGCAUUAUUCCAUCUGUGAAGGCAGUCUAACAACAAACAACAAUAAAAUUACUGUUUUGUGCCCGCAGAAGAGUGGAGCAAUAGAAAAUGGAAGGUCUUCCUAUAGUAGUUUAAAAGGCAAUGCAAAUUGCUACACUGACCCUAGGGACAGCUCUGAUGUCAGUAUGAGGAAGAGAAUUGCUUCUGCAGACCCAUGCUGGCUUUUUCAUAUGUGUGCUGACUUGCUCACUCAGACAUUAUAGUUCAGGCGGAGGAGACCAUAUUAGCAUCCAUUUAAAGUAGAUAUGGGGUUGAGACCCUUAAUUUGGAGGAAGAGUUCAGUUCCCCUUUGCAAAAUUCAGGGGUAUUCAAGUCUGGGGUUUUGGUUCAGCCCAUUACAGUGAUAAAGCCAACUGUAAAAUUGAGAUCAAAAUCCAGGUUUGCAUUUUAAACUUCUGUUCCUUCAAAGGGGGAUGGAGGUAGGGUUGGACUUGGACCCAUCUCUAGUGUCAUGUAAUUGCAAAACACCUAGAGAGCCCAUUCACUCUCCCCUCCCCUUUUUUUUGUUUUUGUUUUUUGUUGAUCAGGUGCUAAGAAUACAAAUAGGUUGGUAGAGACUGUUGCGUCUCGAGCAAUGACAUUUAAUAGUCUAGAGGUGAGCUAGGAAAAAUAACAAUUGAGUUUAAUAUGAGCAUAACUAGACUGCAUGUCAUGGAAAGAAUAUUUCAAGCUUCUGCAGAACAUCCUGCACAUUCCACCUUUAAAACUCAACCAAGGGAACACCCACAUAUCUUAUUUGUAGAGCUCAUCACUUUGGGAGAUGUUCACUUGCCACAGUGAUUGGUGCUGUAGGAGAACCUAGACAGCCAGACAAGGGCCCAGUCCUGCCAGCACUAAUUGCAGAGGGUUGUGUUCACCACAGGUGAUAAGUCAGUGGGACUGCACCCAGUAAUAAGCGUUUGCAGCAAUGGCUCUAAGAUGACCUGCAAAGCAUUUGUACAAAUUUGAGGAGAGGUGAAGGGGUGGUUAUUUUGUUUUUAAAAUUUCUUCAAGGGAAGAGGGUGAUGGGAUCUGAGGUGAGGAGGAAGCCACUAAGGAGGAUAUAGGUGGGUUUUUUUGUGGGGGGGGGUAGAUCUUCCUCUCCAGCUCCAGACUAGUGAGGAGGAGGAGCGGGAUGGGGAAUAACCCUAAACUCAGACAAGGGUUAGGCAUUGAAGAAAAGCUGGGUAGCCAGAAGUGUGCAAGACGACAAUGCCUGCAGCUGUGCUACUAACCCACUGACCAGUUCCUUGUGCAUGUGCGCUACUCUGAGAGUAGUGACUGAAUGCAGCUUACCUGGUACGUCCGUGCUCACAGAUGCAACCUGAUUUCUUACUGUUUGUUCAUAUUUAUUUCAUUUAGAUGGUACACUCCUUGGGGGCAGGGACCUUCUCUCCUCUGCCCUGUGCAGCAUCACACCCACAGCCAGCACACAAUAAACAAUAUGUAAUAAUUUAUUUAACAGUGUACCCUGUAAAAAUGAUUGAAGUAAUGGCACUCAGACACCAUGAUGAUGAGUGACCUUAUAAAAACCUAGACAGAUAAUGAUGUUUUACUAGUCAGUGUAUUGGAAUGUAUUCGUGUAUUAGAAGUGAACUCUGUAGUAAGUUAGGCAUAGAACUCUGAUCAAGGACCAGUUUGAGUUGCAUUGAUAUAUUUAAGUACUUUUUAACUUAAUUCAGUUAAUUUAAACAUUAUCCAUAUGAAGGGAAUGACAAAAUAUUUUUGUAAUGUUUUGCUACAGUAUUUCUGCACUUUGUUAAUUUUGCAUAUCUGCAUAUGUGAAUUUUAAAAUGGAACCACCUCCGAUAGUUACUAAUAUGAACAGUGGUAUAUGAAAAGCACAUAGAACAAGAAUGGUGUGUAUAUAUAUAUAUAUAUAUAUAUAUUUUUUUUUUUUUUUAAAAGCAUUUAUUCAAAAAAGUAUACACAGUAUCCUAAGCAUGUAGGUAGGCUAACAUUUUCCACAUGUUAACUAUCUUUUAAAUCACUUCGGAAUCAUUUAAGUUUUGUAAUAAAGAUAUUUUAUCUUUUAGUACUAAAAUGUUUGACAGAAGUCACUUGAAAUUAUAUCAGGCUUGGUGAGUAUGGUAGGUAAUGUAUCAAACGAUUAAGUUUCUAUUUAGGUAUUAGAUUGAUCACUGUGACUGCAGCACAGCAUAUUUCAAUAUCUGAAAUUUGUGGUGUCCCUGGUUGCUAAUUCAUUUCUGUAAUAAAUAUUAUUUUGGAAACAAACUAGUUUGGUUGCUGUAACCUACAUACUUUUUUUUU